AUGGACAAGAAACCGUACAAUUCAUCUCAGGACCCUGAAGUGAGAAAAGGGCCUUGGACCAUGGAAGAAGAUUUGAUCUUGAUCAACUAUAUCGCAAAUCAUGGUGAAGGUGUCUGGAACUCCUUAGCUAAGGCCGCUGGUCUUAAGCGUACCGGCAAGAGUUGUCGGCUCCGGUGGCUAAACUACCUUCGUCCUGAUGUUAGAAGAGGGAAUAUUACACCAGAGGAACAGCUUUUGAUCAUGGAGCUUCAUGCAAAGUGGGGAAACAGGUGGUCAAAGAUCGCGAAGCAUUUACCGGGAAGAACUGAUAACGAGAUCAAGAACUAUUGGAGGACCAGGAUUCAGAAGCACAUUAAGCAGGCGGAGAACAGCUGCUCGCAACAGCAUCAUCAAGCCCAGAUGAGCUCGGAGACAGCAGAUCAUCAGCAAGCCAGCAGCAGCCACGUGUCCAACACCAUGUCUGAUUCUCAGCCGAUGGACACUUACUCUCCAUCCUCCUUUAAUCAAGCGACUCUCACUGAUCAGCCCUUCCCAACCCAUCCUUUCCCAACCGUACUCGAUCAGUCCUCCAUCUGCACCAGUCACGAGACUAACUACUGGAGCAUGGAGGAUCUCUGGUCUAAUAUGCAAAUACUUAAUGGGGAUUAA